ACUACCGCCUGCAGCCUGCCAUCUGGCUGGGCAGGCUGCUGCAGAAAGUCAGUGCUGCUGGAGAGGCUGUUCUGCCCAAUACCCAGCUGUGCUCCUGCCCAAGAAGACUGAGACCCACCAAGCAAGGAGCAAGUAAAACGGACCAAGAAAAGAGAGGAACAGUGUGACUUCAGACGUGGACACCUAGGGAAGAUCCACUCAAGAGGCUUUUAGGAUAGAAUAUGAUACCUUUGGUGAACUGAAGGUCCCGAGUGACAAAUACUAUGGUGCCCAGACCGUAAGAUCUACAAUGAACUUCAAGAUUGGAGGUGUUUCAGAAAGAAUGCCAGUUCAAGUUAUAAGGGCUUUUGGCAUCUUGAAGAGAGCAGCUGCUGAAGUAAAUCAAGAUUAUGGUCUUGACCCAAAGAUUGCUGAUGCUAUCGUAAAGGCGGCAAAUGAGGUAGCUGAAGGAAAAUUAAAUGAUCACUUUCCAUUGGUGGUGUGGCAGACUGGUUCUGGAACUCAAACCAAUAUGAAUGUCAAUGAAGUCAUCAGCAACAGAGCCAUUGAGAUAAUGGGGGGCAAACUGGGGAGCAAAAUCCCAGUACAUCCGAAUGAUCAUGUUAACAAAAGCCAGAGUUCAAAUGACACUUUCCCAACGGCAAUGCAUAUUGCUGCUGCCCAGGAGGUUAAUGAGGUGUUGUUACCAGGACUAAAGAAGCUACAGAAUGCACUUGAAGCAAAAUCCAAAGAGUUUUCCCAAAUCAUAAAAAUAGGACGCACUCAUACACAAGAUGCUGUUCCACUUACGCUUGGACAGGAAUUUAGUGGCUAUGUGCAACAAAUUAAAUAUGGUGUGGCUAGGAUUGAGUCAACCAUGCCAAGAGUGUAUCAGCUGGCAGCUGGCGGGACUGCAGUUGGUACAGGAUUAAACACAAGAAUUGGCUUUGCUGAGAAAGUUGCUGCUAAAGUGGCUGAGCUGACAGGUUUGCCUUUUGUCACUGCUCCAAAUAAGUUUGAAGCUCUUGCGGCUCAUGAUGCUCUAGUUGAACUCAGUGGAGCUAUGAACACAGUGGCAUGUAGUUUGAUGAAAAUAGCUAAUGAUAUUCGUUUCCUGGGUUCUGGACCACGCUCUGGACUAGGAGAACUCAUCCUGCCUGAAAAUGAACCAGGAAGCAGCAUCAUGCCAGGAAAAGUCAACCCUACCCAGUGUGAAGCUGUAACCAUGGUGGCAGCCCAAGUUAUGGGAAACCAUGUUGCUGUAACUGUAGGAGGUAGCAAUGGACACUUUGAACUGAAUGUUUUUAAGCCCAUGAUGAUUAAAAAUGUUUUAAACUCUGCAAGACUUCUUGGAGAUGUUUGUGUUUCUUUCACUGACAACUGCGUAGUUGGAAUCCAAGCCAAUACGGACAGGAUCAACAAACUAAUGAGUGAAUCUCUCAUGUUGGUAACAGCCCUGAACCCGCAUAUAGGAUAUGAUAAAGCAGCUAAGAUUGCCAAAACUGCGCACAAAGAAGGUACAACGUUAAAGGAAGCCGCUAUAAAGCUGGGAUUCCUGACAUCAGACCAGUUUGAUCAGUGGGUGAAGCCUAAAGAUAUGUUAGGUCCUCAGUAACUUCUGUACAAAAAAAAAAAAAGUGUUCUUAACAUAAAAAAUAAACACGGUAUGCUUGUGUUUCA